UUGCCGUGGCUUCUCGGGUUUAUUAGUCCCGUGCCUGAGACAGAUUCACAGUUGAUUCAAAACCUUGCAGCGCCUCAGUCUGUUUGUGACCUCCCAAGCUAUUUCUCAAAGGUCCGGAUCCCGAGAAUUAAUAUUUAAUUCUAAGCCGCCUUGCUGAAAAAGCAGAGUCUACGUCGGCCUUUCCAAGACUCUCCUGUGCCGCAGGAAAACCGGGACUUUGUACCUUUCAGACAGCGCCAGAACUUAGGGUGUCCGGGGAUGGGGUGGGGAAUGAGGGUUAUCGGAUUCACACCUGUAAAACCCUAAGUGAGCAUGAAAAAGCUGCUAAAAUUUACUCCAUAACCAGAACUAGCACGAGGAGACUGGUAUAGUGCAGAGACAACCCGCAGUGUUACUCCAAUUUCCUGGAGCCUAAAAUGACUGAAGUAAAGCAAGCUGAAGCUCAGCUGUCUGAAUUAGAAUUGCUUUCUAGUAUGUUUCCUGAUGAGAAUGAAUUCCUAGUACAUGAUCAUCUGGCUUUAGCAGAACUGAAAGACUAUGUGGAAAUGAGGACCACAGAUGUUCCAUCUUCAAAAGUUCACUUUACCAUAAACAUAAAAAUAGAGAUGACUGAUGAAUCCAUGGUUCUAUUUUCUUUAUGUUGUGCCCUCCCUUUUCAGUACCCUGCAAUCCUGCCUGAAAUUACUGUCAGAUCACUUUCAUUAGGUAGAACCCAGCAGGCCCAGCUGAACACAGACCUAACUGCAUACCUUCAAAAAGGACACUGUGGAGAAGUCUGUAUACUAAAUGCAACAGAAUGGGUUAAAGAACAUGCAUCUACUUAUAUCAAAAAAGAACCCACGUCUUCUGCUACCACCAACACAAAUCCAACUUAUUCAGCAGAUGUCACAUUCACCCGACUUUGGAUCUAUAGCCAUCACAUUUACAACAAACAGAAAAGAAAAUAUAUUAUGGAAUGGGCAAAGGAUCUCUCCCUCUCUGGGUUUAGCAUGCCUGGGAAACCUGGCAUUAUUUGUGUUGAAGGUUCACAAAGUACUUGCGAAGAGUUCUGGGCAAGACUCAGGAGAUUAGCAUGGAAGAGAAUUUUAAUUCGCCAUCGAGAAGACAUUACUUUUGAUGGCACACAUGAUGAAUUGCAAAAACAAAGAAAGUUUUUUAAUUUUGAAGAAAAAAUUUUUGAUGCAAAUGGAAACAGAGGAAACCACAUGGAUUUGGGUCAGCUUUAUCAGUUUUUAAGUGCCAGGGGAUGUGCUGAUGUUUUUCGGAUUUACUUUGGCAUAGAAGGACAGUAGUUGAAUAAAGUAUACAUAGAUUUUUUUUGCCA